UAGGGCAAAUGUGAAGAACCCUCGAGAAAUCAGAUUAAACCCCAGUCUGGCUCAGAAAGAAAUCAAGAGUGGGAAAUCAUGGCAUUGCUGGAGAGAAAAGACAUGGCUGAUGUGAAUAACAAUAUCAAUAAUAAUAGUAGCACAGGUACUGAAGUCCCCUCGAACAUGACUAUUUACAUCAAUAAUCUCAACGAAAAAAUCAAAAUCGAUGAGUUGAAGAAAGCUCUGCACGCUGUGUUCUCGCAAUUCGGGAAGAUACUGGAGAUAUUGGCAUUCAAGACAUUGAAACACAAAGGGCAAGCUUGGGUUGUUUUUGAGGAUGUUCAGUCUGCCUCUAAUGCCAUGAGGCAAAUGCAGUCUUUCCCCUUUUAUGAUAAGCCCAUGAUUGUCUCUGAUUUAUUUCCCUCUGAGAUCUAUAUUUUUCAAAUGGCAGGGAAAAAGAAGAAAGAUCAACAUGAUACUAAUCAAGUGGGAGUGGGUAUGACUCCUGCAUAUGGCGGCGCCUACGGGACAACACCUCCUCUUUCUCAAAUACCCUAUCUAGGUGGUGUGAAAUCUAUGGUCCCUGAGGCUCCAGCUCCCCCAAAUAGCAUUUUGUUUAUUCAAAAUCUUCCCAAUGAGACUACUACAAUGAUGCUGCAAAUGUUAUUCCAGCAGUACGCUGGUUUUAAGGAGGUCAGGAUGGUGGAAACAAAGCCAGGGAUUGCCUUUGUGGAGUACGGAGAUGAGAUGCAAUCAACAGUCGCUAUGCAUGCACUUCAGGGUUUCAAGUUACAGCAGAACUCAAUGUUAAUUACCUAUGCCAAGAAAUAGACAAAUAUGAAGUGGUUUUUGGCUACUCAGAGGAGAGAGCUAACACUAGGAUCUUAAACUUCUUGUAACUGUUCCCUAUAUCCUUUUUAAUCUUAGUUUGAAUAUGAGGUUAAGAUUUUUAAUGUAUCAUAGUAGUUAUGAAUUACUCCUGUCAUAUUUUCUUUUGCUUCUGAAAAUCACUGAACAGUAAUUUCAUGCGAGUGCUGUGCGGCGGAUUAAAUUAGAUAAUGCUGUUGCCAGUUGUAAUCACAUUGUUGCUACACAAACAGAUUCGGCAUUUUCAGUGGA